AUGAAACAUAGGGAAGUUAAAGAAAAAUCUAAAGAGAGUUUGGAAAGUAAAGCAGACGUUGGAGUUGAAGAAAAUACUGCAGACAUUGUGAGUCAGAAAAGUUUGGAAAAGAAAAGUGAAAAGAAGAAGGAUGGAAUGAAACAUAGGGAAGUUAAAGAAAAAUCUAAAGAGAGUUUGGAAAGUAAAGCAGACGUUGGAGUUGAAGAAAAUACUGCAGACAUUGUGAGUCAGAAAAGUUUGGAAAAGAAAAGUGAAAAGAGCAAAGAUGUAGUGAAACAUAAGAAAAUUGGAGAGAAAUGUAAAGAGAGUUUGGAAAGUAAAGCAGACGUUGGAGUUGAAGAAAAUACUGCAGACAUUGUGAGCCAGAAAAGUUUGGAAAAGAAAAGUGAAAAGAAGAAGGAUGGAAUGAAACAUAGGGAAGUUAAAGAAAAAUCUAAAGAGAGUUUAAAAAGUAAAGCAGACGUUGGAGUUGAAGAAAAUACUGCAGACAUUGUGAGUCAGAAAAGUUUGGAAAAGAAAAGUGAAAAGAAGAAGGAUGGAAUGAAACAUGGGGAAGUUAAAGAAAAAUCUAAAGAGAGUUUGGAAAGUAAAGCAGACGUUGGAGUUGAAGAAAAUACUGCAGACAUUGUGAGUCAGAAAAGUUUGGAAAAGAAAAGUGAAAAGAGGAAGGAUGGAAUGAAACAUAGGGAAGUUAAAGAAAAAUCUAAAGAGAGUUUGGAAAGUAAAGCAGACGUUGGAGUUGAAGAAAAUACUGCAGACAUUGUGAGUCAGAAAAGUUUGGAAAAGAAAAGUGAAAAGAAGAAGGAUGGAAUGAAACAUAGGGAAGUUAAAGAAAAAUCUAAAGAGAGUUUGGAAAGUAAAGCAGACGUUGGAGUUGAAGAAAAUACUGCAGACAUUGUGAGUCAGAAAAGUUUGGAAAAGAAAAGUGAAAAGAAGAAGGAUGGAAUAAACAUAGGGAAGUUAAAGAAAAAUCUAAAGAGAGUUUGGAAAGUAAAGCAGACGUUGGAGUUGAAGAAAAUACUGCAGACAUUGUGA